AUGUCAUUCUCCUCCCAAAGGACAUUCCUGUACGUUCCAUUUCGAAACGAGCAACCCCAACGGCCGAAUAGAAAACGAAGCGAUGGGGCAUUGAAAAAUUAUGAAUCCUGUACCGAUUGGCGAGCUUGGACGCUCGAUCCACUUUUGGCGUCACAGUUCAUUCUGGAUGUGGUUCACAAAUCGCGACCCUGGAAGUUGUUUUCCCGGCCAGGCGGUGAUUAUGAACUAACAAGGGACUAUUUGCUUCAAUUAGAUGCUUCCGAACUGACUGACUAUGUACUAAGUUUAAUGACAGAACUCAGAGCAGCUAAGAUGGAUGCAAAGAAAUUGGAAGAUAGUCGCCUAGAGCUGGGACAACAGCUGGCUUCAGUUCAAAAAUUAGCGAAAACGUGCGAACAAGAACGGGAGGAACUUAUUGUUAGCCAGCAACAAUUAGCAGUUAAAUUUGACCCGGAACAACAUGAACGUGAACUAGCGGAUCUUAAAGCUAUCAUCUGUAAUUUGAAAUGUAAAGCGAAAAAAUAUGACAGUUUAGUAGAAGAAAACCGACGGCUCCGAAAAAAAUUGCAACCUUCGUCUGAGGAAAACUCGUUGACUGCAAAGAAAACUGUCACUGAGAAAGGCUGCGGUGAUUCCGAGUGUAUCAAUUGCUGCAGGCUUAGUGCGGAACUGUGUAUCUACAAAAAUCAGUAUGACGAUUUGAAGCAACAGAGACGUGUUCUUAUGGAACAGGUGCAGAAAGGAAAAAUUGCACAAGAGAAGGUUUCCGAACUAAAACUGGAGCUGGAUGAUGAGCGCUCCAAAGUCAAACGGAUUCAACAACGUUUAGAGGAUUCCUUGCGCCUCUGCCACCAUGAGAAUCAACUUACGAUACGACUGCUGCUGCGGGUUGACGGAGAGCUUGCUGGCCGUUUGACCCGAACCGAGCGAACCGUGUCAUCGGAAAUUUAUCUAGAUUCGGCAAAAGACCAUUUCUGCCAGUUAAUUCCACAGGACGAACCGUGA